GUGUCUGUCCACUCUGUUCUCCAUUCGCCCUCUACUUGUAUGUGACAGCUUCCAACCCUGUUUUAAUGGGGAGUUGUAAGACAGGUGAUGAGCCCAGUCAGCACCCUGCUGUGUCACUGCAACAUGUCAAACACCCGGGGGCAGCAGCAGCCUGCACAGUCUGUCAAAAGACUCCCAGUGAUGUGUCUGAAUGGGGGCAGCCAAUUCAUCUCUCCCAAACUGCACUUUUGCUUCUUUUUUUUCUUUUUUAUCUUCGACGCAUCAGCGAUCAGAGGAGGCGUGAUCAGAAAGAGAUCAACUUGAAAAUUCAGUGUGAAAACAGACCCGCCUCCGUCUGAAAAUAACUGCGGCGAGCAGAAACAGGAAACUUGUGCGCUUCACCUUUUCGCAGUUCACCGAAGCAUCAUUUGACACUCGAACAGGUUCCUUAAAUCCACAUCAGCGCCGCAACACCUCAGCCGCGUCCCCGUCGCCUGGCCUGAACUCCGAGGAGUCGUUAGAAAUAAAAAACUAAAACAUUUAGACAGAUGACCGCUUUUUACGACGAGAAAGAUUUGGAGGAAGAGCUCAGUCGAGUCAACUGCCCUGAUGAGGAUUUGGAGUUUGAGUACUUGUUUGAAUAUGAACCGCCUUGCAGCGACUUUGCGGGAGGAAAUCAAGAUGAUCCCAACCUUGCAUCUCCCAAAGUCCUCAGUCCUGAGUCUGAGCAGGCUUUCCCUCUGGAGGAGGCUUCCCCAUACGGCAUCAAGUCCUGCAGUUCUGAGGUUCUCUCAGGAUAUGAGAACCAGGAAGCCCGACACUACCUGGACAGUACCCGGCCUGCAGGACUGGCCCUGAGCCCGCGGAUCGAAAUCACCCCCUCCCGUGAGCACUACAACCAUGGUCGGGACUCCCUGCAGAACCACCACCUGAACAUUAGCCCCAGACCCACCCUCACCGUGCCUGGCCAUGAAAACCUCGCCUACCGUGAGCCCCAGUGCUUGAGUCCCGCCAGCAGCAACUCCUCCACCAGUUGGCACUCGGAGAGCUACUCCCCCUGGGCGUCUCCUUGUGUGUCCCCCAGCAGUGGCCAGAACCCCGGAGACCUGUGCCCCAGAUUACAGAACAUCCACACUGGCUCCCCGCGCACCUCCCCAGGCACCUCUCCUGGCACCAGCCUAGCUGAGGACGGUUGCCUGGGACCCCGGUCGCCCUCCCCCAGACCCGGCUCCCGCUCCACCUCCCCACAGGGAAAACGCACCUACGACAUGUACAGGAAUCCAGGCCUAGUCCCAGGGCACCGCUCCCGCAGUCCGUCCCCUCACAGUGGCCAUGAAGAUCACAACAUAGGGGCCCACUAUACACACAGCAACCUUGCUGAUGGUAUGAAUGGUUUUGGCACGGGUCAGCCAGGCCUGGUGCCCACUAAAAUAGUCAAGACGUCCAACCAAGUUUACACUCUGUACCCAGAGAACCACAUAGAAGGGAACUACUUGGUGUCCUGCGACCAGGACAUAAAAAACAAACCUGCUGCAGAGCCUUUCUUUGUUAUCCCCCCAAUCUGGCCCAAGCCGCUGGUUUCCAGCAUCUGCAGCAUCCCUGUGGCUUCUCUUCCCCCGUUGGAGUGGCCGAUCCCCCGUCGCACAGACCAGUAUGAACUCCACAUUGAGGUGCAGCCCAAGCCGCACCACAGAGCUCACUAUGAGACGGAGGGAAGCCGGGGUGCAGUCAAAGCCCCGACAGGAGGACACCCCGUUGUGCAGUUACAUGGCUACAGGGGCAAGGAUCCGCUUGGUCUGCAGAUCUUCAUCGGUACGGCCGAUGAGCGCAUCCUGAAGCCCCACGCCUUUUAUCAAGUCCACCGCAUCACUGGCAAGACGGUUACGACCACCAGCUAUGAGAAGAUUAUCCACGGCACCAAAGUCCUUGAAAUCCCCCUGGAGCCAAAGAACAACAUGAAAGCAAUAAUCGACUGUGCUGGGAUCCUGAAGCUCCGGAACGCCGACAUUGAGCUGAGGAAGGGCGAGACGGACGUCGGUCGGAAAAACACCCGCGUUCGUCUUGUGUUUCGUGUGCACAUACCUCAGCCUGGAGGACAGCACGUCUCUCUCCAAGUGGCCUCGCAUCCUAUCGAGUGCUCCCAGCGUUCAGCACAUGAGCUUCCCAUGGUGGAGAAGCAGGACAUGGACAGCUGCUCUGUUCUGGGAGGCCAGCAGAUGAUCCUGACUGGGCAAAACUUCAGCUCCGAUUCUAAGGUCAUUUUUACGGAGAAAAACCAGGAUGGGCAGCAAAUCUGGGAAAUGGAAGCAACAGUGGACAAAGAUAAGAGCCAGCCAAGUAUGCUGUUUGUGGAGGUGCCGUCCUACCAAGACACGUCUGUCUGUCAUUCUGUCAAAGUGAACUUCUACGUCAUUAACGGCAAGAGGAAGCGCAGCCAGCCUCAACAUUUCACCUACACACCACUGGCAUGUCCAUCCAUCAAGACAGAGCCUUUAGAUGAGUAUGAAGCAGAUCACAUGGGUUUUGCCAUGCCCCAGAUCUUGGGCUUAUCCCCUCAUUCCUACUACCACAACCAACGUACCGUCCUCCAUCUAGACAAUGGCCUGGUCCCCGGCAUGGCCUCAUGCCAGCGUCUCAGCUCCAGCCUUCCAAGCCAAGAUUCACGUUUCCAGCAGCAGAGCCCAGCCAUCGUCUACUCCCGCGGGGGCAAGAGUUUAAGCAGCAGCCCUGGCCUUUAUCAGCAGACUGGAGUGAUGAUGCCCGACCCCCAUCGGUCAGUCCUAGUUCACACCGGCUCCCCGGCUCAGUCUGUAGGUCCCCUCGGUGCAGGCCAGCACCCUUCCAUUAUCCAGUUUUCUCCCACCAACCAACACCUGCUUCGGGCAGGAGACCCUCAAGCUCUAACCCCUCCGCAGCCUGACAGCCAGCAGAUCAUCUACUGCGAUGGCUACUCCCCACAGGCAGCCGCUGCCCACUCACCCACACCCCCCCAAACUCAGGCAGCAGUGACCCACACUCAGCACUAUCCCACCGUGAUCCAGCAGCAGUCCUUCGCACAGAAGGGGCAGCAGAAAGGCCGGGCUCCACCCGGUACAGAGCAGAUGGAGGCUCCAGGAGACGGACAGAGGAGGGUGACAGUCAAGGAGGAGAACUUGGACCAGGCCUACCUAGAUGAUGGUGAGUUGAAUGAGAUCAUAAGAAAGGAUCUGACAGGCGUUCAGGCCAGAGGGCAGACAUAAAGGAGGGACCUGGACAGGAAAUGACAACAUACACCCAACCCCCCAUCCCCCCAACCCCCAAGACAUGUAGACACACACGCACACUCGCACAGUCCUCAGCCUUCCAAUGAGGUGACACACAUCCACCAACAAUCAGACUUUCUCUUCCUUAUUUUCUUUACCCAUUGAGAUAGAAAAUAUCAGCUCCUGCGACUGCUGUGUUUGCUUUGGAUGUAUUCCUGCAAUAAAUAGUUUCAUUUGGCAAAGAGAACAAUUAUUUGACCCAUAACGUCAACACCAACACCCCAGCAGGUUUCCAACAAACUGAUGAGAAACAACAGGGGAAUGUGCCUUAUUGUUCUGAUUUUCUUUCCUGGUUGAAGUUUGGAUACCGAUUGGUUUACGAAAGAGACAAAAAUGGGGGAAAUAACCUCCCUAAAAUGGCAUUAGCCAUACAGUCCAGGCAAUAAAUUCACACCUGUUUGCCUCCUACAUGUUUGCCUCAUACUAGUGAAUGAAGGUUAUGUAGCAUACAGCAGCUUCAGAUUUAUGAAAUGUCUUAUUAAAGAAAGUUAAUAUCAUACCAAAAAAUAAGCCUAAAUAAAGUAUAACAAAUAUCACUUAUGGCCAAAAGCUUAGCAUCUUUUUGUUGAAUUCUUCUUGCACAAAGUGUGUAUUUUGUCUGUGUGUAUCUUCAUAUGCAGUUUUACAUGAAAAGGUUGUCCUAAGCUUUACAUGCUGAUCAUCUCAUUUUAAGUGCAGUUUUCUAAUUCAAAGUGCACACCUGCCUUAACCUUAAUAUACAAAUGAACUAUUGUGACACCUCCUAAUAUGCACUGUUUUUAAUAACAGGGGGUCAUUGUUAUUACUUUUUUAAUAAUAUUUGAGUCAUGUGAAUAAUGUACCAUUUUAUAUUCGUAAAAUAUAUAUUGCAUUAUAUUCAGGUGAUAAUGCCAAAGUGGCUUCACAGGAGCCUGUGAUGCUUCAGCGAUAGCAUAGGUGUGCAGUUUUAUAUGAUUUCUAUGCGCGAGCUGAUUUUUAUUUUGUUGAUCUUGCAUUGAAAAUGAUUUUAAAAUGUAGCUGAAGUCUGGCUCAUGCAAGUUGACAUGAGAGAUUUUGUACACUCAGAUUUAAAGGUGGUCUUCUUGCUUUUUAAAUCAUUUUUUGGUCUGUUGUAUUUGCAUUGCUCUUACUGCUGAUUGUGAUAACAUCUGUGGUGGUCUCCACAGUCCAAAACAAAAUAUUCCAAAGCUUGUGUUGUGUGUAUUGUUUUGUGAACAGUUGAAUUUUUGUCCAUAAUGACAACCAGUAUACUCAAAGCUAAAUGCCUGCCUAUGCAGAAGCUUCAUGCUUGCUGAUGUAAAGCACACAUUUUAGUUUCUGUACUUGGCAUUAUACUUUAUAUGCACUGUAAGCACAGUAGGGAAAUACAGUGUGUGUAACUCAUGUGCUAUUACAGCUUGCUUUGAUGAAGAAAGCAGUAGUUUAAAUAAAUAUUUUUGUAAUAUAGUAAUAUUUCAUUCACUAAAUUGGAGUACAUUAAAAGUGCCAUUUGUAUGAUUGUAAAUGAAGAGAAUUAUAAGAGAAUAAUGUUGCAAGUGAAGUAAAGUGGUGUAAAAAAAACCAUAAUAGCAAGAAAAAGACUGUAAUACUGAAUCUCAAUGUUUAAUAUUUGAUAUGGACCUAUUUCAUAGAAAAUAAGAUUUUAUUUUGUAAUAUUAGUAAAGAUAAUAUUGAUCUAUUAAUGAUAUCUCCCAUUGAGCCAGUACAGCACAAGUGCAUUUGACAUUUCUUGAAUGUAAUCUAUAUUAAAUAGUUUUUUCCCCUUUUCUGUAAAUAUUAGAUACAGAGUGUGAGUGUCCAUGUGUUACGAUAGAGUUUGAGUAGACUGAAAUAUAAACAGUUUGUUGUCUGUCAUGUAUCUAUCUCUGUUUUUUGUGUUUAUAAUAUUCACAAUGUCAUAGUUAUCCUCAUUUUUAUCUGUUUUAUUGCAAUGUAAAACUUUUUCUGAAGGGAAUUAAGAUA